ACAUCAAGUAUUAUGUGUGGUCACUGGUACAUCCUUCAUGGAGUCUGCACCGUCUGCAAAUCAAGGGUGGACAAAAGUAGCCAAGGCCGAGCAUCCGAUUACCUUUUCGACGGUUUACAGAUAAGCCAAGAAGCUUUAGCGUUAACAAAGCGUCUCACAACGAGAUUCUCUUGUAACAUGAGGAAGCUUCACCUUGUCCUUGACUUGGACCACACGCUUCUCCACUCCGUUUUGGUUGGAUAUCUCUCAGAAGCAGAGAAGUAUCUUAUCAAAGAAGCGGGUUCAACAACAAGGGAAGAUCUAUUGAAGGUGAAUGUCAGAGCCACAUACAUAACCCUUAGAUACUUGACGAAGCUACGGCCUUUUUUUGGCGACUUCUUGAAAGAAGCCAACGAGCUUUUCACAAUGUAUGUUUACACAAAAGGUACUCGGGGUUACGCUGAAGCCAUUUUGAAGCUGAUCGAUCCGAAGAAACUAUAUUUUGGGCAUAGAGUGAUAACAAGAAACGAGAGUCCUGAUAAGAAGACACUUGAUUUGGUUCUGGCUGAUGAACGUGGAGUGGUGAUUGUGGAUGAUACGCGUAAAGUUUGGCCUAAUCAUAAGCGUAACUUAUUGGAGAUUAGCAGGUACAAGUAUUUUAGAUACGAAGGUCAAGAGUCAAAGCCUCAUUCUGAGGAGAAGACGGACGAGAGUGGAAGUAGCGGUGGAUUGGCUGAUGUUUUAAGCUUACUCAAGGAAGUUCACAGUAGAUUCUUUAGGGUCGAGGAAGAGUUGGAGUCAAUGGACGUUAGGUUGCUGCUACAAGAAAUAGAAUUUGAUCGUAUUGACGAUGUAUCUGUAGAAUGA